AUGGAUUCCAAUCCAUAUAGACAUAAUCCAAAUUUUGUUGAUCUACUAAAUAGUCAACAAGAUAUUGCCUUUGGUUCCUAUGAAGAUAGUGUCGAGCUAUCUUCAAGCCAAGUUCCUUUUCUUCCCACUCAAGGUAAAGCUGAUUCGGACUUCGUUGGAAACACUCCUCCUGACCGUAAAGAACGAAGGAAGUGGACGCCUUCGGAUGAUAUGUUGCUCAUUAGCUCGUGGGUAAACACGAGCAAAGAUGCAGUGGUUAACAAUGAGCAAAAAUUAGGCGCUUUCUGGUCAAAAGUUGCAGCGUAUUUUUCAGCGAGUCAGGUCUCUGGAUGUGAACAUAGAGAGGCAAAUAAUUGUAAGCAUCGAUGGCACAAGAUAAAUGAACAAGUUUGCAAGUUCUGUGGAGCCUAUGAAGCUGCAACAAGGGAGAGAAGUAGUGGCCAGAACGAGAAUGAUGUGGUGAAACGUGCUCAUGAAAUUUUUUUCAACAACUAUAAGAAGAGAUUUCUCCUUGAACAUGCUUGGAAGGAGCUGAAGAACGACCUGAAGUGGUGUGAGCUUUCAUCUUCCAGAAACGCAGGAAGCUCAAAAAAAAAGAAAGGUUGA